GGCUUUCACAAGUGAAAUGACAAAUCGCGGUGGAGUGAGUUCCUCUGACGCAGGAAGCAGUAAAGCCACCUCCAGAAACGUCUCGUGUAAGACUUCCUUUAAUACACACCUGGUGAUGCUGGGAAAUAGCGCAGGUGGACGCUCAGCCUUCAUUUUCUAUAUUUCCUGCUUUUUAUAAAGUGAACGUAAACCAAUAAUCAGAGCGGAUGGACAGCUAAGGCCAAAAUAUUGAAUAACUGAUAUAUAGAUAUAUAAUAUACUUUAUUUACAAUAAAUCCGGCAUUUUAUCAGCUGUCAGUCCUCUAGCUGGUAAUAAAUGAAAAAUCUUUUUAGUAAAAUGUAUUUUCCUUUAUCACACAGCUUUCUAUGGGACUGUGACAUCUCCAGAUCUCGGGGUCCAUGAGAUGAAGAUCGGAGCUGUGACUUUCCAAGUUAAUACGGGCGAUAUAACCAGUGAAGACACAGACGUCAUUGUCAGCUCGUCUAAUGAAACCUUCACCCUACAAACAGGUUUCUGAAAUAUCCAGCGUACCAUUCACAUCUUCACAUUAUAUUCCAGGAAUAAUACCAUACUCAUAUAAUACCCCAAUAACUGCCCCUCACUCCAAAAACAACCUCUUGCUUAUUACCCCAAUAACUGCCUCUCACCCCAGCAACUGCCUCUUGCUUAUUACCCCAAUAACUGCCUCUCACCCCAGCAACUGCCUCUUGCUUAUUACCCCAAUAACUGACCCUCACUCCAGCAACUGCCUCUCGUAUAUUACCCCAAUAACUGCCCCUCACUCCAAAAACAGCCUCUUGCUUAUUACCCCAAUAACUGCCUCUCACCCCAGCAACAGCCUCUCGCUUAUUACCCCAAUAACUGCUUCUCACCCCAGCAACUGCCUCUCGCUUAUAACCCCAAUAACUGACCCUCAUUCCAGCAACUGCCUCUCGUAUAUUACCCCAGUAACUGCCCCUCACUCCAAAAACUGCCUCUCGCCUAUUACCCCAAUAACUGCCUCUCACUCCAAAAACUGCCUUUGCUUAUUACCCCAAUAGCUGCCUGUCACUCCAGCAACUGCCUCUCGCUUAUUACCCCAAUAACUGCCCCUCACCCCUGUAACGGAUCACCUGGCACCCCAACUGGGUACCUCCAUUGAAGGAUGCUCCUAGCGCUUACAGAGGGCUCCAAGCGCUCCACAGACACCACAACUACUGCAGACCCCAUGAACCGCUGCAGCUUGGCUAGGGUCUCGCCAUCUCCUACCCACCCUGGACCUACGACAAGGCUCAAGAUUCCAAGAGAGGGAAACAGGAACAAGCUCUUAAAAGAGCAUAUAUUACUCUUGAAACUAACCCUCACCCCUGCAACUGCCUGUCUGCUAUAACCCCAAUAACUGCCCCUCACCAUCAGAAACUGCCUGUAGGUCACACUCGUGGCGGGUGUAUAUCUGUGUAGCUCACACUCGGGGCGGGGUGUAUAUCUGUAUAUCUCACACCGGGGGGCGGGUGUAUGUCUGUGUAGGUCACACUCGAGGCCGGUGUAUAUCUGUGUAGCUCACACUCGGGGCCGGUGUAUAUCUGGGUAGCUCACACUCGGGGCGGGUGUAUAUCUGUGGAGCUCAUGCUGGGGGUGGGUGUAUAUCUGUGGAGCUCACACUCGAGGCCGGUGUAUAUCUGUGUAUGUCACGCUGGGGGCGGAUGUAUAUCUGUGUAGCUCACACUCUGUUUGUGUUCCAGGUGUAUCCAAGGCAAUCCUGUGUGCGGCUGGCCAGAGCGUAGUAAUGGAAUGCACACAAUUAGGUAAAAAAAAUUAUGUGAAAUCUGGGCCUUUAGUGCGUUUAAAGUGACCGCAUGCUGUUACCUGACAUGACUCUCGUUCCGUUAAUGCACAACUCAACAAUGUGACCAUCUGUAGAGCGUGCCGUGUGACAGCCUGUACCGUGUGCCGUGUGACCGUCUGUACCGCAUGCCGUGUGGCCGCCUGUGCCGUGUGACCGCCUGUGCCGUGUGACCGCCUGUGCUGUGUGACUGUCUGUGCUGUGUGACAGUCUUUAACAGGGUCACACCUGUUAAACCUUUGGCACUCCAGAAGUUGUGGACUACAUUAUCCCCUUGUUCUGCAAGAUGUAUGGAUGGAUUGCCGAAGGUUGGCUCCCCCUGGUCUAUAGUAUAUAGCAUGUCAUAUGAUCUCACAGUGCGUAGGAGAUGGGAAUAUUGAUUUGUUUCUGUAUCGUAUAACACAGCGCACACAAUCUGACCCUUAACCCUUCAUUUUCACAGGGACCCAGCCCCACAAGGGCUACAUUAUAACAACAAGCGGCAAUCUUGCCUGUCAACAUCUCCUGCAUAUGGUGGGACAGACAGACCCCUCUCGCAUCAAACAGUCCGUGCUACAAGUACUCCAGGAAUGUGAAAAACUUCAGGCCAGGACCGUCGCCUUCCCAGCUGUUGGAACAGGUAACAUCUUAAUCCAAACUGCACUGGAAAUCACAAAGGGCAAGUCGACCUUACUUCUAUAUAUACAUUUAUUGUAAUGCAGCUCUACCUGCGAGGUGCAGGCGCUGUGUGUUUAAUGCUUUCUGUUAUCGUUACCCUGGGUGCAGGCGCUGUGUGUUUAAUGCUUUCUGUUAUCGUUACCCUGGGUGCAGGCGCUGUGUGUUUAAUGCUUUCUGUUAUCGUUACCUGGGUGCAGGCGCUGUGUGUUUAAUGCUUUCUGUUAUCGUUACCCUGGGUGCAGGCGCUGUGUGUUUAAUGCUUUCUGUUAUCGUUACACUGGGUGCAGGCGCUGUGUGUUUAAUGCUUUCUGUUAUCGUUACCCUGGGUGCAGGCGCUGUGUGUUUAAUGCUUUCUGUUAUCGUUACCCUGGGUGCAGGCGCUGUGUGUUUAAUGCUUUCUGUUAUCGUUACCCUGGGUGCAGGCGCUGUGUGUUUAAUGCUUUCUGUUAUCGUUACCCUGGGUGCAGGCGCUGUGUGUUUAAUGCUUUCUGUUAUCGUUACCCUGGGUGCAGGCGCUGUGUGUUUAAUGCUUUCUGUUAUCGUUACCCUGGGUGCAGGCGCUGUGUGUUUAAUGCUUUCUGUUAUCGUUACCCUGGGUGCAGGCGCUGUGUGUUUAAUGCUUUCUGUUAUCGUUACCCUGGGUGCAGGCGCUGUGUGUUUAAUGCUUUCUGUUAUCGUUACACUGGGUGCAGGCGCUGUGUGUUUAAUGCUUUCUGUUAUCGUUACCCUGGGUGCAGGCGCUGUGUGUUUAAUGCUUUCUGUUAUCGUUACCCUGGGUGCAGGCGCUGUGUGUUUAAUGCUUUCUGUUAUCGUUACCCUGGGUGCAGGCGCUGUGUGUUUAAUGCUUUCUGUUAUCGUUACCCUGGGUGCAGGCGCUGUGUGUUUAAUGCUUUCUGUUAUCGUUACCCUGGGUGCAGGCGCUGUGUGUUUAAUGCUUUCUGUUAUCGUUACCCUGGGUGCAGGCGCUGUGUGUUUAAUGCUUUCUGUUAUCGUUACCCUGGGUGCAGGCGCUGUGUGUUUAAUGCUUUCUGUUACCGUUAGCCUGGGUGCAGGCGCUGUGUGUUUAAUGCUUUCUGUUAUCGUUACACUAGGUGCAGGUGCUGUGUAUUUAAUGCUUUCUGUCAUCGUUACACUAGGUGCAGGCGCUGUGUGUUUAAUGCUUUCUGUCAUCGUUACACUGGGUGCAGGCGCUGUGUAUUUAAUGCUUUCUGUCAUCGUUACACUAGGUGCAGGCGCUGUGCCCGCUACCCUCGUGGCUGAUGCCAUGUUGGAUGCUGUUGCAGAUUUUGUGAAUAAAAGAUUGGCACGGAGGAUUCAAAUUGUGAAAGUCGUCAUUUUCCAAAAACCGAUGAUAAACGACUUCUAUCAGAGUAUGAAACAGAAGGAAGGCUCCGUCAUGCCGCAACAACUAUCACUGUUUCAGAAAAUGGCCUGUGAGUUCUGAUCCUUGUCUUAAUCAUUGUGAGCAAAGGCUCUGGUAGUACAUAACCCAUUCAAUGACUGCACCUCUUCAUUUCUGGGGGAAAAAUAGCAUUUUUAAAGUGAAAACAUGCACUUUUGCCUGGUAAUAUCUGGCUGGGAGUGGCGAUACCUGACUGGCAGUGAAGAGAGUUAAAGUCUCCAGGAUCUCUUCUUGCCAAGUUUGGGUGAGAGAAAUACUCCAAGCCUGCUGUAGUGUGUUUUUUGCUAGGAGCACAAUGUAACCUCCCAGAGUAAUUUGUCAAACUGUGUUAGAACCCGCGUCCCACCAGGUGCUCUCAGCUAUAUAAGACUUGGUUAGUUAAGGGAAGACAAUAGUGGUUAUGGUGCUUGGAGUGUUGCUGUAAGGGCUUUCCAUGCAGAUGGUGGACACACUGCGGUACAGUGCGCUCUGAUGGUGUACUCUUAAUUAAUAGAGCCCCAUCACUAGAUCAACAGACGGAUGCGUAUUAGGGACUUUAAUUUGUGGCUUGGUGAAUGGUGUCGGGAGCAAGGAUUUGGCUUUAUUUCUCAUGGUAGCUGUUUGGAAUGGAGAUAAGCUGUACAAAAAAGAUGGUUUGCAUCUUUCUCAAAAGGGAACAAAUGUUCUCAGUGAGCAGUUCAGAGGUUUUGCUAGGAUGUAUUUAAACUAGGAGGGGGGGGGGGCAAAAGGGCGAUAAAACAUCAAUCCAAUUGUCCCCCAAAACAAGGACAGAAGGUGCCUGUAGCAAGUGUGUUAAAAAAUGAUAAGUUGGGGGCGGGGCCUGGCCGCCGAGCUGGGUGGACGUGGGGCGCCUCGGCUCCCUGACAAACCCGCAAUAACCAGCUUCAAAAUGCCCCUACUCGCCUGGAAAACCCUCAGCUGCUGUGAGAGGGCAAAGGGGACCCGACCACCAACCUUCGGGGCAAGUACCAGCCCCCACUCCGCUGGCGAUGCGGUCUGGUGGGCGAGUGGGAUUGCGGCCUGCUGUGAGGCCCUGGCGGGAGAGGCGGCCGAUCUCCCGUGCUUGGUCCGGCGGGACCUCCCGCCGCCUGCUAAGGGCCCCGUUACCCCCCCCCUGUGGGCCGGGGGGGUUAUCCCGGACCCCACCGGGGACGAAGCGCUCGUUCAGGGCAUACAGGCUGAAGGAGGACUGACUGGGGACCGCAUGGAAAAUCCAAGAUGGCUGCCGCGAUCAUUGAUACCAGCAUGAGGGGUAUACUCCACAAGCAAGCCCAGCUCAGCAUAAUAACCCUCACACCAACAGUGGCAUCACCUCCCAUUAACACCAGUGGAUAUAAGGGGACUCUCUCUGGACUCUGACUCUGCCUGAAAAGGGGGAACAAGCUUCACUCCACUGCUAACUGUCAAGCCCCUGCACACUAAAACAACCAGCUACAAGCACAGAUCUAGCACAGCCGCAAGAGGGAUCAAAGCUUCCAACCACAUAUGCCUACAGAGAUAACAGAAUAUGGUGUACCUCUUAAUCCAGCACCCCAUCCACAAUUUUAAUGUGUGUCUUCUGCAUCGGACUUUCUUCCUGCAGUUAGAAAGUAAUCAAAAUGUCUGAGCCUGCAUGUGUGUCCGACGCUCUGCUGCCCCCUGGUGGUUAAACUUAAUUAAGCUUAAAGAAAUCUGUUCUUGAUGCUAACCUUAGCUUCUGUUUUAAUGGCAAAAGUAUGCUCACUGUUUUGUUUCUCACAUAUAUGCCUAGCACAAAUGCCGAUUUAGACAGGUCAAGCAUCAACUAUCUCGCUGUAUUUUAUGUAACUUCACGCUAACGAUUUAACUGUUUAGCCAAGCUUGCUAAAAAUAUAAAAUUGUGCAGACUCUCAUGCCACUGUUUAACCAUUGUAUAUCUUGCAAUACGCUGUUGUGGCGUCUGUUGAUUCCUUGUACCCACCUGCACAGCAAAAAUAAAGAAUUUAAAAAAAAAAAAAAUGAUAAGUUUAGAGUCAUGUCUACAAAUGAUCGCAGUUUAGGGAAUAAGAUCCAUGAACUUGUGGCAAUAAUGGCAACUGAUAGUGUAGAUUUAGUCGCUGUUACUGAGACAUGGUACAAUGAGAAAAAUGACUGGGACAUAGCAAUACCAGGGUACUCUUUAUAUAGGAAAGAUAGGGAAGGCAAGAAAGGGGGAGGGGUGGCCUUGUAUGUGAAAGAUAGCAUAAAUCUAGCCUAAUAAAAGUUAGUGAGGCAAACAUAGAAUCCGUUUGGGCUACGUUAGAAUUUGGUAAUCACACAGUAACUCGUGUAGGUGUGAUUUAUAGGCCCCCAGGACAAAUUGAAGAGUUAGAUAAUCUACUAGUUGAGGAAAUAGCUAAAAUGACAAUGAAGGGGAAGUUAUCAUCAUGGGUGACUUUAAUCUUCCUGAUGUAAAUUGGAAAACAAAAUUAGCUACUUGUGCCAGGAGCACACAUAUUCUAAACUCCCUACUGGGAUUGUCUCUAAAACAAGUCAUUGAGGAGCCAACUUGUAAAGAGGCCAUACUAGAUUUAGUGUUAACAAAUGGAAAUUUGGUAUCAGAUAUUACUGUAGGUGAAAGUUUAGGAUCCAGUGAUCAUCAGUCAGUGUGGUUUAAUAUAAGAACAGUGACUGAGUCACACCACACAAAAACAAAAGUUUUUAGACUUUAGAAAAACAGACUUUUCUAAAAUUAGAAUAUGGGUAGAGGAGUCAUUAUCAGACUGGAACAAUUUAAAUGGAGUCCAAGAGAAAUGGGAUUAUUUAAAAGUUGCACUAUUGAAGGCAACAGAAAAUUGCAUUAGGCUUGUCAGUAAAAGCAAAAAAUUCAAGAAACCACUGUGGUACUCGCAGAUGUGGCCAAAAUAGUUAAAAACAAAAAGUUAGCAUUUAGGAAUUAUAAAAAAAACCAGAGUGAGGAAGACAAAAUGAUCUAUAAGAUUAGGCAGAAAGAGGCUAAGCAAGUUAUAAGAGCUUCCAAAUCACACACAGAAGAGAAAAUAGCACAGUCAGUAAAAAAGGGGGAUAAAACAUUUUUUUAGAUACAUAAAUGAGAAAAGAAAAGUAAAACAAGGAUUAGUUAGAUUAAAAACAAAAGAAGGAAGGUAUGUAGAAGAGGAUAAAGGUCAGGCUGACUGCCUCAAUGAAUAUUUUUGUUCUGUAUUUACAGAAGAAAAUGAAGGAAAGGGACCUCAGUUGAGAAAAAGGAUAAAUGAGUCAUUUAUUACACGUGAAGAUAUGGAAGGGCUGCGCCAAAUAAGGGUAGAUAGUCCAGUAAAGUAUUGCUAGGGUGCCAAUAGAUGGUCUAGGAUACUUGAUAGAGUUCCUCUGUGGAUGCGUCUGGUGUAGACCGUUCCGUAUAUGUAAAUACAAGAGAGGUAGAAGCGACUAAUGGUAUAGUAUGAAAGUUCAGGGUGUGAUAGGUAACAAAAAGUAAAGAACUCACAUUCAGGAGAGCUAUGGCCAGCUCUGGUGUGGAUUGCGUACAGCGGUAUAAUCCCCGCUUAUGGGAUAUGUAGGGAGGGGUCUCCGUCAACACCGUCUGGUAGUCCAGAGCUUGAAAAAGAAAGACAGAAAGCAACAAUAGUGCUCUCAAUUUUGAUGUGGUUCAAUGUGCAGAUAAGAAGAGGUAAAAAACUCACAUUUGAGGGAGCUAUGGCCAGCUCUGGUGUGGAUAGCGUACAGCGGUAUAAUCCCCGCUUAUAGGAUAUGUAGCGGCGAUACGUCCGUCAGCACCGUCUGGUGAUCCAAGGCUCCAAUAUAGUAGAAUAAAAAGCAGCAAUAGUGCUCUCAAUUGUGAUAGGUUAAGAGAGUAGUAGAGAAAAUAAAAUAAUACUCACAAAGAUAGAGCAGAGGUACUGCUCUAUGGAUAGGCGCUGGUGGUAUGAUCCCCACCUAGUAUUUCUUGGAGUACUGGAACUUUAAAAUUGCCAGUGGAAGUAAAAGUAACCAGGAAAGGUUAAAAUGCCAGGAAUAGGUAAAAACAAAAGUUGUUUAAAGUGCAUAAAGAGUGCAAUAAAAAGAGGAUUGGUACAAUAAAGUAGCCAAAAAACUUUUAUUGAUCUAAAAUACACAGUAAAAUACAGAAUUAAUAACCAUAAACGCGUAUCACCAUAAGUGGCUUCUUCAGAAUGGGAUAAAAGUAGUAACCUGGCAGGGGUUGUUUAAAUAGGGCUAUGUUAAUUUGAAAAUUGCGCCAAAAGUGUAGUUGGCCAAUCAGAGACAAUUUUUAAAAUCACUUUUCAAAAUUAGGAUUCAAGAGUAUGGGAGUGAUGUUAUAAAGGUGAUGAGUCCAUUUAAAUUAUUUAAAUGUGAAAACGAGGGUGAGAAAGUUGUUUUUUAAAGAGAAAGAAAAAAAAAGUUGUUUGAUUAAAGUAAAAAAAAAAACAAAACAAAAAAAACACAUAAGUAGAUGGUUUAAAGGUACAGAGAUACAGAGAUAUAUGUAAAUGGAGUAUGCAUGAAAAGGGGGUAGUAUAAUCCCAAACAUAAUGAUUUAAAUAGGGGUUAUAUUAUACCCCAGAGUAAUAAUAUAUUACAGAUGUUAAAUGAAAAUAAUAGCUCCCUCAAAUGUGAGUUUUUUACCUCUUCUUAUCUGCACAUUGAACCACAUCAAAAUUGAGAGCACUAUUGUUGCUUUCUGUCUUUCUUUUCCGAGUUCUGGACUACCAGACGGUGUUGACGGAGACUCCCUCCCUACAUAUCCCAUAAGCGGGGAUUAUACCGCUGUACGCAAUCCACACCAGAGCUGGCCAUAGCUUUCUUGAAUGUGAGUUCUUUACUUUUUGUUACCUAUCACACCCUGAACUUUCAUACUAUACCAUUAGUCGCCUCUACCUCUCUUGUAUUUACAUAUACGGAACGGUCUACACCAGACGCAUCCACAGAAGAACUCUAUCAAGUAUCCUAGACCAUCUAUUGGCACCCUAGCAAUACUUUACUGGACUAUCUACCCUUAUUUGGCGUAGCCCUUCCAUAUCUUUUUGUAUCUAUCCACCGAAGGACCCGAGGGGUUUUCCUUCAUUUGGGUUGCUGCCUACCUUGACUAAUUUUGUGAUUACUAGCGCUGAAUUCUUUUUGUGUUUAUUUAUUACACGUGAGUUUACAGAGGAAGAGGUUCUAUCUCAACUGUCAAAAGUAAAGACAAAUAAGUCAAUGGGACCUGAUGGAAUACACCCAAAGCUAUUAAAAGAGCUUAGUGGUGUACUAGCAAAACCAUUAACAGAUUUAUUUAACCAAUCAUUGUUAACAGGAGUAGUCCCUGAAGAUUGGAAGUUAGCGAAUGUUGUGCCCAUUUACAAGAAAGGUAAUAGGGAGGAGUCGGGCAACUAUAGGCCAGUAAGCCUUACUUCAGUAGUGGGGAAAGUGAUGGAAACCAUGUUAAAGAAUAGGAUUGAUGAACAUCUAAAAACACAUGGAUUUCAAGAUCAGAGACAACAUGGGUUUACUUCAGGGAGAUCAUGCCAAACUAAUCUUAUUGAUUUUUUUGAUUGGGUAACUAAAAUUAUAGAUCAGGGUGGUGCAGUAGACAUUGCUUACCUAGAUUUCAGUAAGGCUUUUGGCACUGUUGCACAUAGAAGGCUUAUCAAUAAACUGCAAUCUUUAAGUUUGGAUUCCAAUAUUGUUGAAUGGGUAAGGCAGUGGCUGAGUGACAGGCAACAGAGGGUUGUAGUCAAUGGAGUAUAUUCGAAGCUUGGGCUUGUCACCAGUGGGGUACCUCAGGGAUCUGUACUUGGACCCAUUCUCUUUAAUAUUUUUAUUAGUGAUAUUGCAGAAGGUCUUGAUGGUAAGGUAUGUCUUUUUGCUGAUGAUACUAAGAUAUGUAACAGGGUUGAUGUUCCAGGAGGGAUAAGCCAAAUGGCAAAUGAUUUAGGUAAACUAGAAAAAUGGCCAGAGCUGUAGCAACUAACAUUUAAUGUGGAUAAGUGCAAGAUAAUGCAUCUUGGACGUAAAAACCCAAGGGCAGAGUACAGAAUAUUUGAUAGGGUCCUAACCUCAACAUCUGAGGAAAGGGAUUUAGGGGUGAUUAUUUCUGAUGACUUAAAGGUAGGCAGACAAUGUAAUAGAGCAGCAGGAAAUAGUAGCAGAAUGCUUGGUUGUAUAGGGAGAGGUAUUAGCAGUAGAAAGAGGGAAGUGCUCAUGCCAUUGUACAGAACACUGGUGAGACCUCACUUGGAGUAUUGUACACAGUAUUGGAGACCGUAUCUUCAGAAGGAUAUUGAUAUCUUAGAGAGGGUUCAGAGAAGGGCUACUAAACUGGUUCAUGGAUUGCGGGAUAAAACUUACCAGGAAAGGUUAAAAUGCCAGGAAUAGGUAAAAACAAAAGUUGUUUAAAGUGCAUAAAGAGUGCAAUAAAAAGAGGAUUGGUACAAUAAAGUAGCCAAAAAACUUUUAUUGAUCUAAAAUACACAGUAAAAUACAGAAUUAAUAACCAUAAACGCGUUUCACCAUAAGUGGCUUCUUCAGAAUGGGAUAAAAGUAGUAACCUGGCAGGGGUUGUUUAAAUAGGGCUAUGUUAAUUUGAAAAUUGCGCCAAAAGUGUAAUUGGCCAAUCAGAGACAAUUUUUAAAAUCACUUUUCAAAAUUAGGAUUCAAGAGUAUGGGAGUGAUGUUAUAAAGGUGAUGAGUCCAUUUAAAUUAUUUAAAUGUGAAAACUAGAGUGAGAAAGUUGUUUUUAAAGAGAAAGAAAGGAAAAAAAAAAAAAGUUGUUUGAUUAAAGUUCAAAAAAAAACUUUGAUUAAAAUUUUUUUUUUAUUUUUUUUUUGAACUUUAAUCAAACAACUUUUGUUUUUUUUUUUUUUGGUGUACUAUUUGUGUCUCAGUCUCCCAUUUGGUCCCCUAGGGGAGUGUCCACCCGGUGGGAGACCUGCAUAAAUACUGGGCAGGUAGCCCUCAUUAAACAGACCACUGCUUGACCCACAACACGGAGCCUUGUCUCGUCUUUGGGGGGAUUUACUGUAUGCUGAUAGAGACUGAUUGCUAGGAGUGUAAGCCGCUUGGGUGCUUUUCCUAUUUGUCUGCUAGCAGCUAUUCGUGAGGUUCCAGUUCGGGAGUUUGGAGUGAUAUUUUGUAUCCAGUUCGGGAGUUUAGAGCAUUCCCUUAUAUGCGGUUCGGGAGUUUGGUGUUCUGCAGUAGCUGUGCCUGUAUCUCUGGAAAGGGAAGAUCGACUAAACGGCGGUUUAACCCUUUUAUGCCUGGGGGUGCUGUUAAAUUAUGCAAAACCCCAGGUCCAGGGACAGCCCCCUCUGGACCUGAUGGGAUACAGGGACAAUACAAACAGUUGACCAAUGACAAUAAACUGCAUCGUUUGAAAUAGUCACCGCCCAGGUUGGAGAUAAUGAUUACAACGAUUAUGGCAAUUUAAUUAUCUCCAAGUGCCCAGAAUCCCACAUUUUAUUUGAACAUGUAAAACAGCAUAAAAAUACAUAUUUAUAACUGUAGCGGAGAUGUAGUAUAAUCCACAGUAUCUCCGCUGGGUAACAGGAACAGCAUAAAAUAAUCCAAGGAAAUAAAUACAGCAUACAAUAAUCCCGGUUGCGUUGUAAGAAUCCUUCCUUCCCAAGAACUAGACGACACAUAGGCUGGGAGUCAACUGAGCUUUUAUUCACAGGUCACUGUAUUUAUGGGAUUCCCCAUGCAAGGGGUUUCCCUACUGACAUUCCAGGGGUGGUACAGUAGGGGACUACAUGGGGAACUGAACAACCCGGAUAUUUCUCCCACCAUGCACUGCUGCACAAAGGGGGAUACUCCCACUAGAAUAUACAGUUAAGUGGAUUAUCCCUCCGUGCAGCAGAACUGACAUUUUACAUUAAAAUGCAUAACUUCCAUAAUAUUCCCUUCAUUUAAACGAAUGGACGAUCGGUAGAUAGCUGGGGUCUGAGCGCAUAGUUCGUGAGAAUACCGCUCAGAUCCCAGCAUAACUAACCGAACGCCGCACGAAACACACAUUAUUUCCAAGUCACCUUUAAAGUACCGAUUGGUAUUAGGGGAACAAACUACCAAACGCCCGGGGCUCCUGAACGGCCUGGAAGUCCAGCGGUAUUCGUGCCGUCGAGUAGCCGAUUUUAGUUCCAGGCGCUCGACGACCAAAUACCGCUGGGCUUAACAAAGGAACCAAGAUUGCCGACCGCCGCGUGGUCGGUAUCCGAACGACAGCUAUCUAGGAAAGCCCUUAACUACCGAUUGCAACAAUGUUGCAAUCGGUUAAUGGGCGCCACACAACCUCUUGUGUGUGGUCGUCCAUUCGGUAGUUUAUUCGUUUCACGAACAGUGUUGAAAUGCACUGUUCAUGAAACUACAGUAUGAAUGCUGGGGUUUUUCAUGCCGCCAGCAUACGAAUGCCCUUGUUCGCCUGAAAUGUAGGUACAGUACUAUACUUGGUUCUAACAGCUUUAACCCCUUAAGGACACAUGACAUGUGUGACAUGUCAUGAUUCCCUUUUAUUCCAGGCAUUUGGUCCUUAAGGGGUUAAAGGUAUAUACACAUAUUCAUACAGGUAUAGUCUUAAGUGGCUAGUUUUGCAACAAUGCUCACCAGCUUUUUGAGGGCCCACACCACAACCAAUCGAUGGCGGCAUAGCUUACUUCUCUGGGUAACAGUUUUCGGCUUAGAUAAGCUACUGGGUGUUCGCCGCUAUCCGCUCCAACUUGGCUCAGUACUGCUCCCAAUCCAAACAUAGAAGCGUCUGUAUGGACGAGAAAGCGUUUAGUUGGAUCAAGAGCAGAAAGUUCAGGUGAGUUAACAAGUGCCGUCUUGAGCUGCUGAAAUGCCUGUUCGCACUCUGGGGCCCAUACUACUAUCAGUGAGGGGUACUGUAGUUGUCCACAAAUUUCCGGUAGUAUCCUGCGGUACCUAGGAAGGCAAGUACUUGGGUUUUGGUGCGAGGGGUUGGCCACUUGGCAACUGCCUCUAUUUUGGCAGGUUCUGGCUUCUGCUGUCCGCUUCCUACCCUGUGCCCAAGGUACUGAACCUCUGCCAUCCCUAUAUGACAUUUGCUGGGUUUGAGGGUCAGCCCGGCUUCCCUGAUCCGGUCUAGUACGGCUCCUAUGUGGGUCAGGUGCUCGGGCCAGGAGUAGCUGAAAAUGGCGAUAUCAUCUAAAUAUGCGCACGCGUACUCCUGGAACCCAUCCAAUAACCGAUCUACCAUCCUCUGAAAGGUAGCCGGGGCAUUUUUCAUCCCGAAUGGCAUGACCUUAAACUGAUACAGGCCAAACAGGGUGACAAAUGCCGAUUUGGGCAUAGCAUCCUCUGCUAGCGGAAUUUGCCAGUACCCUUUACACAGAUCUAUCUAUGGUGAGGUACCGGCCCCUGGCCAUUUUGUCCAGGAGCUCGUCUAUCCUGGGCAUAGGGUAGGUGUCCGAGGUCGUCCUAUCGUUGAGCCUCCGGUAGUCUACAAAGAAACGGGUCGUCCCGUCCUGUUUUGGUACUAGUACUACGGGGAAGGCCCAGGGGCUGUCAGAAUGCUCUAUAACCCCUAACUGUAGCAUUUCCUCAAUCUCCUUCCGCAUACUUUCUUUGACGGCUUCUGGUAUGCGGUAAGGAGUUUGGCGAAGAGGAGUCUUAUCCAGGAUUUCUACCUUGUAUAGCCGGGUAGAUUGGAAAAAGUGGCUCCCUUUUCCUGUAUUAACCUUUGCACUUGGGUUCACUCCUGGGGGUUUAACCGCUCUCCUAACUGUACUUCUCCCAGGUCUCCGCUCUGGCCCUCUUGGUCUAGGAGAUCUGGGAGUGGCAAAUUAUCAAAGUCCUCGGUGGCAGGGGCACAGAUCGCGGUUACCUCUUCGCUGCGCUCGUGGUAUGGCUUGAGCAUGUUCACAUGGAGCAUGCGUUUGCCUCCCGUGCCUGUGACCGGGCCAAUCACAUAGGUGGUAUCACAGAUCUGUUCUACCACCUUGUAUGGGCCCUGCCAGGAAGCGUGCAGCUUAUCUUUGUGGACUGGUCGUAAGAUAAGUACCUUUUUCCCCACCUGAACGCUGCGGUCCCUGGCUCCCUUAUCGUACCAUCUGCGCUGUCGUUGCUGGGCUACCUGGAGAUUGUCUCGUAUGGUCUGGGUCAGCAUCUCCAGGCGUUCCCUGAACUCUAGCACAUAGGGCACAAUGGGGGUGCCGUUAAUAGUCCCUUCUCCCUCCUAGUGUUCCCGGAUUAAAUUGAGGGGGACCCUCACUCUCCUCCCGAAUAACAAUUUGAACGGAGAGAACCCGGUGGAUUCUUGGGGUACUUCCCUAUAAGCAAAUAACAAGUGGGGUAAAAACCUUUCCCAGUCCUUCUGAGUGUCUAUGAACGUACGGAUCAUCUGUUUAAGUGUUCCGUUAAACCGUUCACAGAGCCCAGUGGACUGGGGGUGAUAAGCGGAGUUCAAGAUUUGUUGUACCCCACAUAUCUUCCAGAGCUGAUGUGUGACUUCCGCGGUAAACUGAGUGCCCAUAUCCAAAAUAAUCUCCCGGGGAAAUCCUACGUGGGAGAAUAUUCGCAUCAGGGCCUCUGCUACUGUUUCCGCAUGCACGUUUGUCAAGGCUACUGCCUCAGGGUAUCUGGUGGCAUAAUCCACCACGGUCAAGACAUAUUUGUUGCUGGAGGGGCUGGGCUUAGCUCCGGGUCCUAUAAUAUCUACUACCACCCUACUGAAGGGUUCCUCAAUUAUGGGCAGAGACCGGAGGCGAGCUUUGUACCGGUCUUCCCUCUUCCCUACUCUUUGGCAGGUAUCACAGGUCUGGCAAUAACGUUCUGUGAAAUACCUGGCCAAAAGAAGUUCUGGGUUAGCCUGUGCUUAGUGCGGCUGAUUCCUAAGUGCCCAGACAGGGGAAUAUCAUGGGCGAUAUGUAAUAGUUCCAACCUAUACUUUCGAGGCACUAUUAAUUGUUUAAUGAGUAAAGGUAUGGAUCCGGACACCACUUUUUCCGCGUGACGGUACAGUAGUCCUUUGUCCCAGAUGUAUCUCUCCCCUUCUAAUCCUGCCUGAUCUUUAUCUAUACGGUCUUUGUAUACCUGCAGAGAGGGGUCUAGGGCCACUUCAGAACCAAAGGUUGUUGCCCAAAAUAACGUCGGCUGGCAAGUCCUGCAUCAUCCUCACAUACACAUUCCCGUGCCCCGCUCCCCAAUUCAAGUGCACCUUGGCCGUAGGUACUUUGUAAAUCGCCCCCCCCUGCCACCCGUACAGCAACACAGUCUCCAGUUAAAUUGGGUUUAGGUACCAAAUGACUUCGGACUAGUGUUAAGGUAGCCCCAGAGUCACAAAGUCCUUGUACCUUUUUCCCCUCCAUAUGGACCUCCUGUCAGUGCCCUUGCCGGUUGUCAGAGGUGGCCUGGAUGGGGUUCCUAGCGGUUCUUCCAUUGGAGUCACAGCCUCGGUCGUUCCAUACUGUUUUGUUCUGUAUGUCCGCUCGGUUGCUCCAACUGGGCCUGGGUCGGUUGCAUGGGCAGUCCCGCUGGAUAUGCCCCUGUUGGUUGCAGGAGUGGCACCGAAUUGGUGGACGUGCAGGGUACCUGGGGGUGUAGUUAUUUUGGCUUACCCCAGGUCAUGGCUGGAUAGUGGGAGUCACUGCUGGUAUCGUCGGUGUGGGGUUGUACACUGGUCGGUUUUGGGUGCACUGGUCCCUCUUGGCAGCCUCUUGCAGGGUGUGCGGUUUUCGGUCCCUUACCCAAUUCUGUAGGUAGGCAGGUAUUCCGUCGAAGAACUGUUCCAUGACCAUCAAUUGGAACACGCCCUCCAACGUGUUAACCUGGGUGGCUUUCAACCACCCCUUUGCAGCUCGCUGUAGCCGGUGUGCCCACUCUACAUGGGUGUCUUUCGUUGGCUUUUUAAUGUACCAAAACUUUAUGCGGUAUGCCUCUGAGGUGAUCGCAUACCGGGCUAAAAUUGCUUGUUUUACAUUGUCGUAGUCUCUACUGUCCUCAUCCGGCACAGCCCGGUACGCCUCUGCUGCGCGACCGGAUAGUCUCCCUGCUAGUAGAGGUACCCGGUCCACCUCGCUGAUGUCGUGUAGUUGACACAGCCUCUCAAAAUCCUGCAGUUAGUCAUCUACGCCACCGUCAGCCUCUGAAUAGCUUUUGAAGGCUUGGUAGGGAAUUUUGGCUUUCCCUGGGAAAAUGUUGACCGGUGUCGUGGCUCUUUCUCCGGCUUGUUGGUUUCUCUGUGCCUCUCUGAGCAUGAUGUAUUCCUGCAUAUCUGCGAAGAUCCUUCAGAUGGUCGGUUUGGGAAUAAAGCCAUCCUGCUCCUGAAUUCUUUUGCGAAUUCAUGUUGAUCUUCCUCCAUUGGAGGUGCUGCAGCAGCUGCUGCUCUGUCUCCUUCCAUCAGUUCUGUAAUCAAGAUAGCCUUCGCCUUUUUGCUGACUAUUGCUCUUCUUGAUUCAAGUAAUUCUUUUAAUGUGCUUCAUUUCAAAAGGGCAUAAUUUGUUCCCAUUCACUGGCCGUUCGCGGAUUUCCACGUGUUCCUGGCUCAGGUUUCAUCCGAAUGGGUUAACUCACGAAUUGUUGCUCUUUCUCCUCUAUUCAUUUUAAUUUCUGCCCAUCAUUGCUUUGCUGUAUAGUUUCAGUCCCGUCGCUUUCCACCAAUUGUAGCGGCGAGGUAGUAUAAUCCACAGUAUCUCCGCUGGGUAACAGGAACAGCAUAAAAUAAUCCAAGGAAAUAAAUACAGCAUACAAUAAUCCCGGUUGCGUUGUAAGAAUCCUUCCCUCCCAAGAACUAGACGACACAUAGGCUGGGAGUCAGCUGAGCUUUUGUUCACAGGUCACUGUAUUUAUGGGAUUCCCCAUGCAAGGGGUUUCCCUACUGACAUUCCAGGGGUGGUACAGUAGGGGACUACAUGGGGAACUGAACAACCCGGAUAUUUCUCCCACCAUGCACUGCUGCACGGGAGGGAUACUCCCACUAGACUAUACAGUUAAGUGGAUUAUCUCUCCGUGCAGCAGAACUGACAUUUUACAUUAAAAUGCAUAACUUCCAUAAUAUUCCCUUUAUUUAAACGAAUGGACGUUCGGUAUAACUAACCGAACGCCGCACGAAACACACAUUAUUUCCAAAUCACAUUUAAAGUACUGAUUGGUAUUAGGGGAACAAACUACAGAAUGCCCGGGGCUCCCGAACGUCCUGGAAGUCCAGCGGUAUUCAUGCCGUCGAGUAGCUGAUUUUAGUUCCAGGUGCUCGACGACCAAAUACCGCUGGGCUUAACAAAGGAACCAAGAUGGCCGACCGCCGCGUGGUCGGUAGCCGAACGAUGGCCACCUAGGAAAGCCCUUAACUACCGAUUGCAACAAUGUUGCAAUCGGUUAAUGGGCGCCACACAACCUCCUGUGUGUGGUCGUCCAUUCGGUAGUUUAUUCAUUUCACGAACAGUGUUGAAAUGCACUGUUCGUGAAACUACAGUGUGAAUGCUGGGGUUUUUCAUGCCGCCAGCAUACGAAUGCCCUUGUUCGCCUGAAAUGUAGAUACAGUACUAUACUUGGUUCAGCUUUAAAGGUAUAUACACAUAUUCAUACAGGUAUAGUCUUAAGUGGCUAGUUUUGCCACAAUAACAUUUUAGUAGGCACCUCUUACAUUCUACCAUUCAUUAGAUAGCUCAGGUCUGAGCGCAUCCGAUAGGCGAAUAGCGCUCAGACCUCACGAACGCCCCUAUUGCAUACAAGUCUUUUCGUGUUUCUUUGUCCCGAACACGAGAUGGCAGCCAUGUUUUCUGUCGGUCAAUAGGUGAUCGGGACCUGGCUCCAAAACCCCUGGAUCGAGAAACGCCCUGAAGAGGCAAUUAGCCUGCGGUUAACCGCAGCCUCAAUGUUCUGAUUAAGAGCACACGCCGGAGUGUAGGUGGUCCUCGUUCGGGAGUUUGAGUACGGUGAAGUCUUAUACGAACGAGGCCACCCUGAGGCAGUCAAUUAAGUUUGUGGUUAACUGCAAACCGCAGUUUCCCGGUGGUCGUCCGUUCGGUUGUUUUAGAGGUGAAAAAGGUUAAGUGGCGGCACACACCAAGGACUGGGUGGUCUUAGUUUGUAUGCACGAAUAUAUGCUCCUGGUUGUUUGUGUAAUUGGGUGUAUACAACAAUAAUACCGAAGAGAACGGCAUACGGUAACUUACAUUAAAGUAAUCCAUUACUGGGCUGUAGGGCGUCCUUAACACAUUCAUGCUGUGUCUUGUAAAUGGUGAUUUUAGUUUGUUUAUUGUGUUUUGUUUUGUUUUACAGCCUGGCUUAUUCCUGCAAAGAAACCCCCUCCACAAAAACUGUCAGCCUUUCAGUUAAUGGAUAACAUCGAUCCGGCCAUAUUUGACCUCUGUGCAGAAAGCAGCGCGAAUCUGAUGGCUGCGGAAUCCUGGCUUCAAAAGCGGAUUCUGGACGAGCAGUCAGAGAACUUGAUAGAAGAUGAACUGAUUGCAGACUUUGACGUUUCAGAUCUGGAGAAAUUUUCUGAACUGCAAAAGAGGUUACAGGUUCACAUGGAAUACAAACCAGCCACUUCGAGCGUUCGAGUUUCUGGUCUCAGCAGAGAUGCAGCGCGUGCUGUACUUGAAAUCCAGAAGAUGAUUGGCAAACUAAAGGACCGGAAAAACAGGGAGAAGGAGGCAGAACUGCUCAGCAAUACGGUGGAGUGGAAAUACGAAUAUCAGGGAAGAUUGUACAGAUUUGAUCAUUUAACUAGCUUGGAAUUGGAGGAGGUGGACAAAGCGAAGAAACCAACAGUCACCGUUUUUAUUAGCGGAAAAACAUUCACUGUCCACAUGCAAAGCAAAACUGCCACAGACAGCCACGGGAACAGCGUAAAGAUUGUACGAGUGAACAAACAUGGUAAAUAAAAGCAAUAUUGUCCAAUAUUAUCUAGGUACGUAUGUAUCAACAAACUAAAAACAUUUAACUUCUCAAAGUUCCAUUUCACUCAUUCCUGUGUGUAGCGGAGCUCCAAUACCACAUGGGUAUCUCCUCUAUUCCUUCCUUGAAGUUGAAAGAAGCAGUAUAAUAUUCCAAGACACUUUCCCCCCAGUAACUAGACGACACAUAGAUCUGGGAGUCAACUGAGUUUAUUUUGACCACCACAUGGCUUUUAUGCACUGACCCCUACAUGGGGUCUCCACAUCAACAUUACAAGAGUUUUCCUCGCAGGUUCCUCUGUUUCUAAGAGAUGAUUGAGAUAGCAAAACUAUAACUCAAUUAUCUCUCAGAUACAGUAAAACAUACACAAUUUUAAUAACAUGGGAACCACACGAAUGUCAUAUCUCCGAAUAGCUUGGGUCUGAGCACCCACUUUAUCAAAAUAGCGCUCAGAUCCCUUUGGCAGUCCAGGAACGCCAUAAAAAUGAAGUUUUGACCCGUUGGCCACAAGGUGAUGCCCCAAAACCGUUCCAAAGCCGUUCUCAUAACUGUUCGAGAAGUUGGAUGGGCAGCAGUACAAGUUUCCCGGGUGUUCGGGGGGUUGCAUAUCCAAGAGAUAGUUCCAUGCCAUCAACGACCAUGUACCACUGCCUGCGUUCAGGCAACAAAAUGGCCGCCAGUUCUUGGAGCACGUGUGUUCUGUUAUACAAAUGGCGGCCACACAGGGGAAAAACUUGCACUAAUGUGGUCGGUGAUUAGAAGGUGUGAACAAGGGGACCACACAGAGUUGGUUCGGUAAACAAACAGGGGUUUACGGACAGCCAAACAAAAGGGAAUAAAAGUGUAGUUAGGGCAUCCAUUCCACUACACUGUUUCUUGUAUAGUUUACUGAGUGUUGAUAUUGGAGUGAUGUGUUUUAUUUAUUUAUAUUCUUCAAACCUCAUGUUCAAUCCUGACGUUUCCAUCUCAAAAACCGCCCCUAUUUAUCGCCAGAUAAGGUGUUGGUCCAUUCCACUGUCCUUUCUCGCCUUGACUACUGUAAUCCACUUCUCAGUGGUCUUACGUGCUCCCAACAUGCGCCGUUAUAGUCCAUAAUGAAUGCAGCAGCGAGGCUCAUCUUCCUGUCCACCCGCGCCUCCCAUGCCUCACCAUUCUGUCAGUCCCUACAUUGGCUUCCUAUAAAAUAUAGAGCUCAAUUUAAAAUUCUGGUUCUUGCUUUCAGAUCUCUACAUAAUGCUGCUCCCACCUAUCUAUCCUCCAUAAUACACAAGUAUGUCCCGUCUAGGCCCUUACGAUCUGCUGAAGACUUACGUCUAUCAUCUGUCCGUACUCCCACCUCUGAUGCUCACCUUCAAGAUUUCCCUCUAGCAUGUAAGCUCAUUGAGCAGGGCCCUCAACCCCUCUGUUCCUGUGUGUCCAACCUGUCUGGUUAUAACUACAUGUCUGUUCAUCCACCCAUUGUAAAGCACUGCGGAAUUUGACGGCGCUCUAUAAAUAUCAUAAUAAUAAUAACUACAUGUCUGUUUGUCCACCCAUUGUAAAGCGCUGCGGAAUUUGUUAGCGCUAUAUAAAUACCAUAAUAAUAAUAUCAAUAAUAAUAUAUAUAUGUGCGUGUGUGUAGUGUGACUUGAGGGGGCCUUAACACUGUGUUAGAGACCACGGUGGCAUCCUGUGUUACCCAAUGCAGCAGAAUGUUCUGAAACCCUGAUGGCACCUAAUAUUACCCAAUGGAACAGAACUCUUUGAUGGCACCCUAUAUUAUAUCCCAUGUGGUAAAAGCCUCUGAACCUUCUGAUGGUGCCCCAUGGAAUUGAACCAUCUGCUAACAUGGUGUGCCUGCAGAACCCUCUGAAUCCCCUGAUGGCACUCCAUGUUACUACCUGAACAGAAUCCUCUGAACCUCCUGAUGUCACCCCAAAUGGCAGAACGUUCUGGACCACCUGUUGGCAACCUAGGUUACCCUAUGCUGCAGAAUCCUCUGAACACCUUAACCCUCUGAACCCUGUAAUGGCACCCCACAUUAUCCCCAUGGUGCAGAACCCUCAGAAUCUCCUUAUGGCAUGCAGCAGAAGUCCCUAUUGGCAUCCCAUGUUACUCCAUGCAGCAGAACCCCCUAAUGAGAACCUGCAAUGGCACUCCAUGUUACACCCAUGCAGCAGAACCUGGAUGCAGAUAGGGUAGACAUCUCAUGGCAGAGAGUAUUACUAUUAUGUUUCACUUCUCUUUUCAUGGUUUUUAGAGACUGAUUUAGACCAUAUUGUGUUUUCCAGAAGGAGAGUCCUUAGAGUUACCUGCAGAUUGGGACCCGAUGGGUAGCAGUCUGGUGAAAUUGGUGCAGCUGAAUACCUCCGCACCAGAAUACACAAAUGUCCAGACGCUGUUUGCAAGAACUUGUCAUAUGAGAAUACUGAAG